GGUCAGAUCAAAAGGAAGUGAGAUCCAGUCACUUGCUGUUUCUGUAGCUGAUCAGAACCGGUUUUGUACCCUAAAACAUCCAUUAGGAUGGCAGGUUUAUGCAGGAUUUGGAUAUUUAAGGUCCUCGUCUUGGGAUUAAUAGAUUCGUCUCAUGCUUCCCUGCGUCCUCGUGUGUCAUUCUCUCAGGGAAGCUCAGAGCGUCUCUUGGGCCUCUACCACAGCUCUUCUGUGAAGAACAGCAGCACACUGCUGCUCAGCGCUGAUGCUGACACACUGUUUGUUGGUGCUCGGGAUGCUUUGCUCUCUCUGGAUGUCAGUCAGCCUGAUAGUAUUACACUCAAAGACAAGUUGGAAUGGGCAGCAUCUCCACAAAACAUAAAAACCUGUACAGUGGCCUCAAAGACGGAUUGUGGCAACUUCAUUAGUAUUCUGCAGUUUUUUAACUCUACACACCUUUAUGCCUGUGGGACAAAUGCAUAUAAACCACAAGCCCUCAUCAUACCAGCAAGUUCUCUGAGAACUGGCAGAGACACAAAAGAUGCCAAAAACUGCUGUCCCUCCAGCUCCACCCAGAGGAACACAGCCACUAUUGUUGACGAAGAGCUGUAUACAGCAACAAAAGUCGGCUACUUUGGGGUGAAGGUCAUUUCUCGCUGUCACAGCAGAGGAGCGCGCAAUAACUUGGAGCUUCAGAAUGUACCAAAAUUGCUACAGGAACCUGAAUUCGUAAGUUCAACACAUAUCGCCAGUGAAGGAAAGAUCCUGCUGUUUUUUACUGAGGUUGGGGACUUGACCGGAGACUCGUUUCUGAACUCUUUUACUGUGUCUCGUGUGGCACAGGUCUGCACGAAUGACAACGGAGGAAGCCUUACCUUACAGAAGCGCUGGACAUCCUUUGCUAAGUCUCAGCUGGUCUGCCAACAAGGGGAUGAGCUCCAGUUCAACAAGCUGCAGGAUAUUGUCAAGAUGUCCCCAGCGGAUGACGAGUCUCCUGACAACACCCUUUUCUACGGAGUCUUUACAUCACAGUGGUUGGCAGCGUCAUCUAGCCUGUCGGCAGUCUGUGCUUUUAGUCUAACAGAUAUUAAAGCAGCUUUUUCAGGCGAUUACAAGACAUUCGAUUUGAAUGUAAACCACUGGAAUCAUCAACCAAAUGUAGACGGUAAACUUGGCAAGUGUGGAUUAUUCAAUGACAACGACCGUGUGUUAAACAUUGUAAAAAAGAGCUUCCUGACUGAAAAAGUUGUGCGUCCCGUGGACAAGAAACUGAUUUUCUCCUCAACAGAAGAGCGGUAUAGCCGUUUAGCUGUUCAGAGAACUCAAGCUGCAAAUGGACACAGCUACACCAUCCUUUACCUGCUCACCGAAUCUGGUUUUCUUCAUAAAGUCGUCCUGCUGGCUAAAGGUCCUCAUGUCAUCGAAGAAAUUCAGAUAUUUAAGCAACCGCAUACUGUGAAAAACAUCCUUCUUUCCACCAGCAAGGGUGUGUUGUUCAUCGGCUCUUCUGAGGGUGUCUUCAGAGUGCCUGUAUCCAACUGCUCAGCUUAUCCAAACUGUGCAGAGUGUGUGUUGGCCCGUGACCCGUUCUGUGGAUGGGACUCAGAGACCAGAGCCUGUGCUACUGUGUCCAGAAUGGGUUCUAACCUACGGCAGGAUGUGGAAAGCGGAAAUGUCAAUGCGCAAUGCACAGAGUUCAAACAUACUGCUGCUACAGUGACGCGGAUUGCACGAUUAAAUGAGAUUGUGGUUCUACCGUGUCGCUCGAGAUCCAGACUGGCGGAUGUGACUUGGAGGUUUUCGGACAACAGAGUCGUUCCUCAGUUAAUGUACAUGCAGAGGGCAGAUGACAGUCUUGUUUUUACAGUCACUCCAGAGACCUUGAAAACCUACCUCUGCGUGUCUGAGGAGCUGGGCUUCAAACAAACCAUCGCCGCCUUUGCUGUAACUCUCCCUGUCUUCCCUCGUUCUUUCCCUCCUCCAUCAGAUCGCCAACCUGACGUAACCCUGAACUCUGACGAGGACCCAAAAACAGAGCCCAUCUCUGAUUACUACACAGCAUUUGAGUUUGACGAAUCUGAACCUACAAAAGAGGAAAGGACGGAUGCAUUUAUGACACCAGACAGGACCAAUGAGAAAAAAGCUAGGACUAAUCCUCAGUCUACUAUAAACAUAAACACUGCAGGAAAAGACAUCGUUUGCGUUGCACAGAAGAGUUACUAUAACGAAAUGGUUGCUUUUUGCCUCUUGUUCGUCUUUUGUCUCUUUGUAUUCAUUGCUUUUGUGGUUCUUUGGAGGCGCAGUAUGAGGUGCAACAAAACCACACCUCAGAAACAACCUAAAGACGCGGAAUCAGACAAUAUCUGGCAAACAGAACUGGACGAGCAGAAAAGCUGAGCCCUAAGCUAAACUAAAAAAAUGAUGCUUGACCCAUAUUUAGUCUGGAAAAAUCUAGUGAUCGCUAGAAUUUUAGCAAAAUAUUGCAUAAUAUGUAUAGGCUAAUCGUUUGAUUUUAUUUAUAUUUUAGGAUUUUAGGAAAUCAUGCUUGUUUUGUCAAAACUGUUGUUCGGUCAGUGCUGAAAUUCAGUUUUGGUUUGUUUUUUCUUUUUAGGAUUUUAAGGUAAGAUAGCCCCGCGUCAUGAAAAAAAUGGCUUGUUUACAAAAAAAAGGGAUAAUUUGCACAAAAAAAUUAAUUAAGAAGAAAAUGUAUGACUUACAGUUCUUUUCACAGUGUAUAAAUAAAAUAUCGCAUUUAUAUAUAAUAAAAGAAUAAAUACUUUCUGACAGAA